AUGGUUGCGGCCAGCGAGGAGUCGAAGACGAUCGAGCACCCUUGGAGCAACAUAAUGCAGAGGAAGUAUAGGGCUCAGCUCACCAUGGCUGUCCUCAUCCCCUUCUUUCAGCAACUCACUGGCAUUAACGUCAUCAUCUUCUAUGCCCCGGUAUCGUUCGAGACCAUCGGCUUCGGCGAUAAUGUCUCCCUCCCUCAUGUCCGCUGUGAUCAGUGGCCUCGUCAAUGUCUUCGCCACCUUUUUGUCUCCAUCGCGACCGUGGAUAAGUCGGGAAGGCGCCGACUCUUUCUGCAGGCCGGUGCACGAAUGUUCAUUAGUCAGCUAUCAAAGCUGACGACCACACAAAUAUUGCUGAGUGCACAGUAG